AUGCUGACGGGAGACUUGGAAGACUUAGAUAUUCAAAAGCUUAUAGUUGAAAAACGACUUGAGCAAUCAGGUGGUUCUGGUCUUGCCACCAUGAAGCGUAACAAGAGAGCACUUGGCACAUGUUUAUUUGUAUCAUUAGGUGGGAUUUUGUAUGGUUAUAAUCAAGGUAUGUUUGGACAAGUAUCAAGUAUGCAUUCUUUUGGUGAAACUGUAGGUAUUGGUAAAAUUCAAGAUAAUCCAACAUUACAAGGUUUAUUGACGUCAAUCUUGGAAUUAGGUGCUUGGGUUGGGGUAUUGAUGAAUGGUUACUUGGCCGAUGCAUUCGGUCGACGUGCUUCUGUUGUUAUAGGAUGUAUUUUAUUUAAUAUUGGUGUCAUUGUUCAGGCGGUUGCUCGUGAUGCCAAUUAUGGUUAUAUUUUGGGUGGUCGUUUUGUUAUUGGUCUUGGAGUCGGGGUGCUUUCCAUGAUUGUACCAUUAUACAAUUCUGAAAUUUCACGAGCAGAAAUUAGAGGAGCAAACACUGCAAUUUAUCAACUUUCAAUUACUUUUGGAAUUAUGAUUUCAUACUGGAUCACUUAUGGAACUAAUUUCAUUGGUGGGACAGGUGAGAAUCAAAGUCAAGCUUCUUGGUUGGUCCCAAUGUGUAUUCAAGCAGUCCCAGCAAUAAUAUUGGCAGUGUUUAUCUAUUCGUUUCCGGAAUCACCUAGAUGGUUAAUCAAUGUUGGCCAGGAAGAUAAGGCAUUGGAAGUUCUUGCUUGGUUGCGAGAAACAGAACAAGAAGAUUUUAGUUUGCAAAUUGAAUUUCUAGAAAUGAAAGCACAAAAAAUAUUUGAGCAAACACUUGAAACAGAAGCUUAUCCACAUUUGCAAGACGGAACAAAAAUUUCCAAACUUAAAAUCAAUUUGAACCAAUAUAAAUCAAUGGUGACACAUUUACCAACAUUUAGGCGAGUGUCAGUGGCUUGUUUGACUAUGGUGUUUCAACAAUGGACGGGUGCAAAUUUCAUUUUAUAUUAUGCGCCAUUUAUAUUUGCUUCAUUGGGUUUAUCUGGAAAUACAACUUCUUUACUUGCAUCAGGAGUGGUGGGAAUUGUUAUGUUUGUAUGCACUAUUCCGGCUGUAUUGUGGGUUGACAAAGUUGGACGGAAACCACUUUUGAUUUCAGGUGCAUUGGUUAUGGGGCUCUGUCAUUUCAUAGUAGCAGGUAUUUUGGGAGGCUAUAGUGACAACAUUGGCAGUCAUAAAGCAGCAGGAUGGGUGGCUGUUGUUUUCAUUUGGGUUUUCGCUGGCGCCUUUGGUUAUUCUUGGGGACCAUGUUCAUGGGUUAUUGUGGCUGAAGUUUUCCCCUUGGGUAUGAGAGCUAAAGGUGUAUCACUUGGUUCAAGUUUCAAUUGGUUAAUGAAUUUCUCGGUUGCAAUUUCGACUCCUAAAUUUGUCGCGAAUGCUAAAUACGGAGCCUAUAUUUUCCUUGGUUUGAUGUGUGUUAUUGGACUGUUGUAUGUUUAUUUCAUGGUUCCAGAAACCAAGAAUAAGACUUUAGAUGAAUUGGACGAAGUUUUCGGAGACUUCACAGGUACUUCUAAAAAAGAAUCUGAACUUCGUGAAAAAAUACUUAAACAAGUUGGAUUAGUUGAAUUGCUUGUUGGGUCAGAUAAAGAGUUGGAUUCUUUCGGUUCAAAACCUGAAGUUGAAUAUAAAGAAAAAGAAACACACAGUGAAUGA